CCCAGUUCAGGCAGAGGAAAAAUAUUCCGCUGAUCUCAUCUGGAUGCGAAGAAAACAAUCCCUUAAGUGCACUCUGUUGUGCACUGCAUGUCUGAUGGCAAAACUGCACGCUGGUUCUGUGUCUAGAUGUAUGGGACAUUGACCUUGUCGAAGUGGGGUCGGCGUUGUGUUAAUUUAGUGCUGUAACCCAGUUAAGGGUUACUUAGUAAGACAGAAAUGCUGCUGAAUCAGUCCCCUCGGGGGUCUUUCAGUGUUCCUGUUAACAUCACCCUGCAGGGUGCGCGGCGGCGACACAUGCGGUACGUAUGGAGAUCAGAUCCAUCGCCUCAGGCUUGAUUAAUGAAGGGAUGUAAUCCACCAUCAGGCCCAGCUGCAUGAUUCUGGGGGGAACUGGAGGAAAGAGAGGGAGCUGAAGUGCAACGAGAAAGCCCGGGCUCAAAUCCCAGACUCCAGUGUCGGAGAAGACAGAGCCGUCCUCCUGGGCUUCCUCAUGAUGACCUGCUCCAUCCUCAUGUACCUGAUGGUGGGAAUCUUAAUGGUCAAACCGUGCAUCCAUAGUGAUUGGAUAAGUUCUGUGAACUGCUCACUGGUGCACAUUGAUUUGUCGGAUGAAGUGAUGGACUGCCGUGGCAUUGUUAACUUCAAAUGCCUGCGUGCUUUAGUAAACAUCACAACCUCUAACAAAACGUCAUCGCUUCAACUUUACUAUGAUGAAGACGCUGUGAAUUCCAGGCUUAAGACAAACUCUUUCUCCCAGUGUUUCUACACUCCCAAAUGCCAACGAAACAAGACGGAACAAGAAACCGAGGCCCGUAACAUCAAACAAGCAUUAAUUACACAAAGGGAAAACCUGACAUGCUUUCUCAGCCCUUCACACCCAGAAGACGCCAUCUGCAGGAGAAAAUAUAACUUAGAAAUGGCCCUGUAUUACUUGCUGUGGCCCAGCCUCAUGUUGUUUGGCGGGAUCGUCCUGGUGGGACUAGUGAAGCUCAACCAGCAUCUGGCUUUGCUCUGCUCUGAGAUCAGCAGGGAUGAGUUUCUGGACAAUCAGAGUAACCAGGCAGAGGGAAGGAUCUACCAGCUCUUGAAAUGCAGAUCUGGAGAGACCGCAGAGCAGCAUAAACCACUUAGCUAGGAAAUUACCCAAUCUAAACACUACUGAAAUGGGAAAUUUAGCAGCUAUAGCUUUAUUUGAUGCCUUAUGAUAGUAAAGGGAUACUUCAAACUAAAGUGAAAAUUAAGUCAUCAUUUAAUCCAACCCAGGCUCUUUCUGAAAACUUACCCCAAUAUACAUUUC